AUGUCUCGACCAGCGCCUACGCGGCAGACUCUCCGGCACCUCCGACGUCUCUGCUUCGUUGAUUCACCCUCUGCCACAACAGCAACUGCAAGAAGGCGACAAAGCCCCCUGCAAUGCUCGCGACCAAUAUCAACACGCCAUCCUCGACGAACAUUCAGCAGGACCGCCUUUGGUCACCAGGAGCCUCGAGCUGAGGCACCAGCUCAAGUGCAGCCGAAGACAGCUAAUUCCACACAAGAGGAUCCAACGACUUCUCCCUCUCCUCUAGACGUGACGAACUACUACACGCUCUUCCCUUCGACCCUCCCAUCGGGUCCACCGCCGGACGGCCCGUUCGAGAUCUCGCUCCCGCACCUGCGCCGCGAAUUCCUGCAGCUACAGUCGCAAUACCACCCGGACAAAUUCCCUCCUGGGACGCCCUCCCACCAGAAAUCCCGCGCCCUCUCAUCUCUGUUAAACAACGCCUACAAGACCCUCUCCGACCCACUCCUGCGCGCGAGAUACCUCUUACAGCAUAAUCAUGAAAUCGACAUCACGCACGAGGAUAACGCCACCCACGCGGGCGUGACGGAUCAGAGCACGUUGCUGGAAGUCAUGGAAGCGCAAGAGAUGCUGGAGGAGGCGAAGAGCCAUGAUGAGAUUGAGAGCUUAAUGAGAGAGAAUAUAGCGAGGAUCAGGGAGACGGAGAAAGCGCUGAGGGAGGCAUUUGAAAGCGAUGACGUUGAUGGUGCAAAAAGGGAAUGCAUCAACCUGAAUUACUGGCGGAGCCUGGAUUCAGCAUUGCAUGAGUGGGAGCCAGGCAAGCAGGUAAGGUUGGUGCAUUAG